AACUAUGGCGGGUCAUGGCUUUUAAAGGCCUCCAUUCCUAUUUCCUGCCUCUCUGAGUUACUUCGUAUUUCAUUGAAGCGCACUCAACGUUCUCCAUUGAAGCGUUCUCCGUUGAAUCUAAUUCUUGUAUCCCCCAUUGAAGCAGCUCCUAAGCUUACUUCGUUGCCUUCAAGCUAGUCGAGGAUUGGAAUUUUCUGACUUGUCUAUUCCUAGAAAUAUGCAGGCAUCCAGAGCCAGGUUGUUCAAGGAAUACAAAGAGGUGCAGCGAGAAAAAACUGCCGAUCCAGAUAUUACACUUGUUUGUGAUGACACCAACAUAUUUAAAUGGACUGCUUUAAUCAAGGGCCCAUCAGAAACUCCUUAUGAGGGUGGUGUUUUCCAGCUUGCAUUUGCAGUGCCUGAACAGUAUCCUCUGCAACCUCCUCAAGUGCGAUUUUUGACAAAAAUCUUUCAUCCUAAUGUCCAUUUCAAGACUGGAGAGAUUUGCUUGGACAUCUUAAAAAAUGCUUGGAGCCCUGCUUGGACAUUGCAAUCUGUGUGUAGAGCAAUAAUCGCUUUGAUGGCUCAUCCGGAAGCUGAUAGCCCCUUAAACUGUGAUUCAGGCAAUCUUCUACGAUCUGGAGACUUAAGAGGAUUCCAGUCCAUGGCAAAGAUGUAUACAAGACUGGCAGCCAUGCCAAAGAAAGGAUAAGCUUAAGCAUCCUCUUUGCUUGCAUACUGUUAUUGAUAAUCUGCGCAAUGAAGAGAGAAGUUUAUCCCCCACGUUGUAUCUAUGUGGCUUCAUUGAUUCUAAAGUUUCAACGAAAACUCUCUUAUUUGAGUAUAUUAUUAUAUGAUUGUCCCAAGAGGCUUUCCCCUAUUGGCUCUGCUUGUAGUUCCAAGGUCAAAAAGGAUCAAAAAAAACUUUGCCAAACUCAAUGUUAAAUUGUAAUCCUUCGUAAAAAAAAUUUCCGAUUUUUAUUUUUUUGCCAAA